GCUAUGUGUGUAUACGAAGAAACGAUUGUUCGCAAGUCAAACUCCUCGUCCGGGGAAAAAUUUCAAGUCCUGGACCGGCUGAAAGCCAUUGAGGAAAAGCUAGAACAUGUCCAGUGGACUUACACACGCAACCCACCUCAGCUUCCUAUCGAGCCUUCAUCCAUGCACAGGUGUCAUUUACCGCAUAAUCCGUCUACCGGGCCCUCUAUAAGUCCGCAAGAGGACAUGCCUCCUUGCGACGUCUUCGAAGACUCCGUGGACGGUAUUGGGACUAUUCGCUCAAGCGACAGCCAGGAUGAUUCUGCACACUUCGGGGCAUCGUCCAACAUCGCUUUCCUGCUCCGCAUCACCCAGGCUCUGGCCAAUUCGGCUGGUUGCGGUAACUCAAGAGAUCUGCUAAAACCUUAUCAUCGUUGUCCGUCUUCUGCUACGUCUUCGAACGUUCCUGGGCCUGAACCGGGCCUUUCCGGCGCCCUAUCCUGGCCGAAAUCUUGCCAAGCUACUAUCCUUGAUAUUCCACCGGAUGCCAUGGACAUAAUACAGGAGUACUUUGCAACCGUGGCGCUGUUCAUGCCCUUCUUGCAUGAAGAAUCAUUCAUUGCUGUUUUCGAGCGAGGGCGUACGCAAUGUUUCAGGAACGUUCGAAAAUCAUGGCUGUCCUUGCUUUACAUGAUUUUGGCCCACGUCUACCUAACUCAGACAGCAAUGUCCCCUAGCACAGAGUCAGCUGAACGUUCCGAAAACUUCUUCCAAAAUGCCUUGGCUUUGGCGGUGCCGGAAGUCAUCUUGGGCCCGACUAGCCUGGAACAUGUCCAACUCUUCUGUUCGAUUUGUGCGUACCUGCAAGGCUCAUCGCACUCUUCGCGUGUAUGGACAUUCCACGGCCUGGCUGUUAAGUCCGCCCUGCAGCUCGAUCUGUGCUCCACUGAGUCUUGCUCUCAUCUAACGCCUUUGGACCAAGAGAUGCGGAGACGAACUUGGUAUAUGUGUCUCAUAAACGAUGCGAUAUUUAGUGUCAAGUUUGGUCGACCACCCUUAGUGGCAGAGUCCUUGUGGAAGGCGAGCACCCCAAGCAAGAUCACCGAUUUACCUCCGUCCGUUGCCAGGAGCCCCUCGGUGAUGGCUACGAGCCUGUCCUAUUACCGGGCUAUGUUAUCACUGUCAUUCAUCAUACGCGACAUCACGAAGAGACUAUACUAUGAUAAUGUCGGAUCCCCUCCACCCCUAAGCUGCGCUGAGACGUUGACGGAAACCUUUAAUCUCUCAUACAAACUUUCCGAGUGGCAUGGGAAUGUGCCUCGAGCUCUGCGUCCCGGCGAAGGACUUGAGAAGCAGUACACUAGACACCAGCCUCUCGAGACACGCAGACUCCAAGUGGCCCUGUCCUUUCGAUACUCUGGUGCCUGUAUCCUUCUUCAUCGCCCAAUAUUACAGAAGCUUUGGGAUUUCAAUAGUGAUUCAACCAGCCUGGAGCUGACUCUGCUCAAAGGGACAGGCUUUCUUUCUUUGAGAAGCUGUAUGGAUACUUGUAGAGACGCAAUUCAAGUGGGAACAAGCAUCGUCAAAGAGAUCAAUAGGCAAACGAAUUUACUGGGAGCAUGGUGGUUCACGACCUAUUACACUUUCAAUGCCUCCCUCAUGAUCUUGGGCGUCCUCCUGGCCUCAAUGGAACCGUCCUUCAAUGAAUUGCUCUCGCUCAAAGCCACCACGUCUCUCCAUUCUAGUCUGAAUGACGCUGUUACACUAUUGGCUCAACUUGACGGAGGCAGUCCAAUGAUCAAACAGUGUCGCGAAUGUCUACAACGCUUGCUUAAAAUAUACUACUCAAUCGCCCAAGCAUCCAUUACUGAAGACGGCAGUAACAAGAGAGAGCAAAUUGAAGUCGACCAAUUAACGUCGAGCUGUACCUCUAGCGGAGACAUCGAUCUGAGCUGGCUACCUCCGAAGGAUUCCGGCUCUUUCACUCUAGGCCAUGGGCCGGGUGUUACAGACACAGACCUCAAUCUGUUUGAAGGCCUCUUCAGCUCCAACUUUGAGUUCCUGUACGGAUAAGGCUAGUUGGGCUUUUUCUCGACGCCGCGACGAAAAAUUGCCCGUCUGCCAGCAUCAGUCCACAUCGUUUCGUUUACACAUCCUUCAUUCUGCUACUGGAAUUGCCUGUGGAUGGCCAUCAAUAUCGCUGCUAUCCACCCAGUUUCCAUGGAGUCCCGCCCGGAGACGAACAGGCAACUUUAUCAGAGCAAUCUGGGCCAUUGUUCUUGUAUCCAUAAUUACCAUUUCACUGCACAUUUCGUCAUAGUUGUUCAGCAGUGCAAUCAGGUAGCCGUCUCCCUCGAGAGCGUUGGGACUACGCGGCACGAAGACGCAUUCUUGACAGAACUUCCG